GCUUCUUUCUCCUGGAACCCUUCAAAGAGAGCAUACCUUCUACCGCUAUCUGGACCUUCUGAGAUAUACAGAGAAGAAGUAAAGAUGUCUGAUGGGGAAGAAGUAACAUAUGAAGAGGAGGAAGAGUAUGAAGAAGAAGAAGUUGAAGAGGAAGAACCGGAGCCACCCAAACCCACACCUCCUCCAGUCACUGCGCCACCACUUAUCCGACGAAAAUCAUCAGCCAAUUACCGCUCCUAUGCCACCGAGCCUCAUGCUAAGAGAAAACCAAAGAUUACUGCAUCCCGGAAACUGCAGUUGAAGGGUCUGAUGCUUCAAAUUGCUAAGCAUGAUAUGGAACAGGAAGAGGAAGAUAGAGCCCAAGAGAAAGAGAGAGUCUUGGCUGAGCGCUGUGCACCUCUUCAACUUUCUGGAUUGUCAGUUUCUGAGCUUCAGGAUAUGUGCAGAGAGCUUCACACCAGGAUUGAUGUUGUGGAUGAAGAAAGAUAUGACAUGGAAGCCAAAGUGAAUAAAAGUGUUAUUGAGAUUGAGGACUUGAACCGGAAGAUUUUGGACCUCCGAGGGAAGUUUAAACGCCCAGCACUGCGGAGGGUACGCUUGUCAGCAGAUGCCAUGAUGCGAGCACUUCUGGGCACAAAACACAAGGCAGCCAUGGAUCUAAGGGCCAACCUCAAACAAGUCAAGCAAGCUAAAAAAGAUGAAACAGAUAAGGAUAAACUGGAAGUUGGUGACUGGAGAAAAAAUGUUGAUGCCCUGAGCGGAAUGGAGGGCAGGAAAAAGAAAUUUGAAUCCUCUGGCGCUGUACAGUCCUAAAAAGGUCAGGAAAUGGAUCCGACAGCAUCAUCCUGCAGGACCCAUCGCCCCUUCGUUGAGGUGUUUUUACCAUUUUUAAUAUUUAGUGAUCAUUAUAAAAGAAUCUCAACUUUCCAAAUCACAUUUACAUACCACUUCUGUUUCUUUGUCAUUAACAAAUAAAUAAAUAAAAUACA